AUGCGCAUGCUGAAGCUGCGAAUGGAGAGGAUGAGAGGCAGCGCGACCACAACAACAACUACGACAACCACACUUCCACCCACCACAACAGCAACCUCAACUACAGACCCCUGGUUUGACCUGUGGUUUGAACUGGACAAUGCAACCACUCAGGACUAUAACUUUGAGUACAGAAUAGAUUUACGCCGAAUUGCCGUAGACUGGCCUUCUGGUUCUCCGGCGACCAUUCAGUACACAGCACUGGACAGCCAUCUGGCCAGAUACCAGAAUCCACGGGAGGCUGACGCUAUGACCAAAGUGCAAGCAGAACUGGAUGAAACCAAAAUUAUUUUGCACAACACAAUGGAGUCGCUGCUGGAGAGAGGAGAGAAGCUGGAUGAUUUAGUUCAGAAAUCUGAGCAUCUGGGAAACCAAUCAAAAGCCUUUUAUAAAACGGCACGCAAGCAGAACUCGUGCUGCGAGAUCAUGUGAUCGCGAGGAAGUCUUUGAUUGGACUGGACUCUUCGAUCACCUCUCCUCUCUGGUUUUCAAUUUUUUUCCCUCUCUUUCUCUCUGUCCUGGUGUGGGCUGGUGCUUUUAUCAAGCAGCAGUCAUAGCGAAUGCACGAGAGGGCCGAUCCGACGGUAUACAAUAACGGGCUCAGAGGGGGCUGAUUUCCCAUGAUGCACCACACUUACUCUGCCAUCGGUUUUCAUGUUGUGUGAGAACUUUGUUUUCUUCUUGACGGUUCCUCAGGGUCUGGCACAAGCUCAAAACGGAUCCGGAUAAAAGCAUGGAGGGGCUCGAGUCAAACGUCCCCGCUGUGCCUUACUGUAGACGCAGGAGUGUUGUUAUCAAACUGUUGAAUUAGCCUUAUCAACGGAGGACGUGCGAGUGAAAAUGCUGCAAUCUCUAUAUUUAGACUCAAUAUUCGGCUUUGGCAGUUUUGAAGCGCCUUGUAAAGUGAACAUGUAGCGUGAAUUUUUUUAAAAUGUGAAAACAGUAAAUAAUGUGUUAAUUAUUGAUGUUCAUAACGUUCGGAUCCUCAAUAUUGUGUGUAAGUGACUGACCAAAUUAAAUGUUUGUGUACAAUUCUAAUGCUUUUGUCUCUUGAAAAUGUAAAUAAAUUACUGAAUGGUAUUGGCAUUGGUUCCCUGCAUCAUGAGUUAUUGCAAUUUGGUUUUUUAUACUUGAGAAACAUUCCUACAAUAUGUUCAGUUGGUGGUUGAUAACGAACAUGUGUUGUGAUGUUAGAGAGUAAUAAUAAAUAAUAAAGCCUCAAAGUGUGGUUUAGUGUGAAAUCAGCCCCCUUAAUCCUCGUGCAAUGGUUGUGAGUGUAAAUCACGUGUUAGUGAUUGUGUUUGAUCACAUGACUCUCGCUGGACCUCUCAAAUGCUGUAUCCGAUCUAAUGAUGCUUUGCUGUUAACAGCCUGAAGGCUUGACUCGUGAGUCCUGGUUUCAAGUUCAUGUGCUUUUUCUCUUUCUGUAAAGCUUAAAUCUACAUGCACGAAAGGUUGGGUAAAGCCAGCAGUAUCUGGGUGAACCAGUCAA